UUCAUUUUUCUUUCUAAUAUCGUCUUCUUUAUAUCUCUCUUUGAGCUUGUGAUUUCUGCAGAAAAAAAGAAGAAAUGCGAACCGAUUCGUCAACUUUCCAAUAUUUUUUCCACAGUAUCAGAUCCAGAGAACUCAGUAGCUUUCGAGUUAGAAAACGAGCAUGGAUUGACGAAUUAGCUUCGGAUUUUACUGAAAUCGGAGCGAUUGAAAACAAUGUUUUAGAAACGCCUCCUUUGGCCGUCUCCUUUUGUAAGGCAAGUAAAAAUUCCCAUAUUUUCGCUGUAUCUGAUGAGGCUGGAUAUGUAAACCUGUUUGAUUCUCGGCGGGAGCUUUCUUCUGCUGCAUCUUAUCAUGAAAAUGCAGAAAAAGCAAGAAUCGAUGAUUGGCUAGCACAUCACAAUGCCAUAUUUGAUGUAUGUUGGAUCAAGGAAGAUACCCACAUUUUAACAGCUUCAGGGGAUCAAACUAUAAAGGUAUGGGAUGCUCAGGAUAAGAAAUGCGCUGGAGUCUUGAUGGGGCAUACGGGAAGUGUUAAAUGUUUGAGUUCUCAUCCAACCAAUUCUGAUCUUGUUCUCUCUGGGUCGAGAGAUGGGUCCUUUGCCAUUUGGGAUCUAAGAUGCAAGAGUAACUCGAAAAGUAGAUGUGAUGAAGUAUGCCAUCCAUCAACUUCCAUGGUGAAAGGAGCUCAUCUUUCAUCUCAAGCAAGGCGGGGGAGGCGUGGCAAGGCUGCUGCUGCCAGCAUUACAUCAGUUAUUUAUCUCAAAGAUGAGAUUUCCAUUGCCACUUCUGGAGCAGCAGACAGUGUUGUGAAGUUCUGGGAUACCAGAAAUCUGAAAUCUAAUGUUACUCAGGCAUGUCCACAUCCAGAGUCUUCAACUCAAAAGGGUAUAUCUAGCUUGUCCCAGGAUUUGAAAGGAGUAUUUCUCACAGCAUCUUGCAUGGAUAACAGGAUAUAUUUGUAUAAUGUACUUCAGCUUGAUAAGGGCCCGAUUCACACUUUCUCUGGAUGCCAAAUAGAAUCUUUUUAUGUAAACGCUGCAAUCAGUCCAGAUGGGGAUCACGUAUUAAGUGGUUCAAGUGAUGGAGAUGCUUACAUAUGGAAGGUAAACAAGCCUCUAGCGGAGCCUAUCAUCUUGAAAAGUCAUAAAGGAGAAGUUACGGCAGUAGAUUGGUGCCCAUCUGAAAUUGGGAAGAUAGCAACCUGUGCAGAUGAUUUCACGGUUCGACUAUGGAACAUUGAACCCAGAUACUGCUCAAGCACAAGAUUGCCAUCUUCUGUCCGAAGAAGAGUAAUGGCAGUUCCAAGCGCAGAAAGUAGUAAGCUAUUGGUGAAUGAGACUGUAGAACCAAUGGAUCAAAUAAAGCAACCUGGUACUGGUAGUUCAUAUUCUUCAGAUGAAGCACUCCAAAUUUACUCAUCAAGUCCUGCCACUGCAUCUUUACUUAGAACUCCUGAAGCCCAGAAGAAAAAGUUCCCAUCAAGUUCAGACUCAAAUGAAACCUUUGAGAAAACACCUGAAGCCUCAAUGAGGAGUCCGACUUCAGUGCUGAAUCCUCCUUCCUCGUUGAAACGGAAGACCAUCCGCGAUUACUUUCUAGCCAUUCAAUGAAACUUGUCGCCACAUUGAACCAGACUGUAUAAAAGUACUUGAAAUUCAGAUGGGCAACUCAAGUUCCUUCUAAAUUCUAAUCCAUAGGUUUAAUAGUUGCUCGGACUCUAUGUAUAUGAUAAUAUACACAUGUAAUCUUGAGAGGUCAAUUAAUCACUAAACAGCCAACUGUAAAAACACAUGGGUGUUUAUUUGUGUUUGACACAUUCAAGUAUCAAUAUAGGGUAUGUAUAUGAUUAUUUAAAUA